AUGGCUCAGUUUUGUAAAAGGGAGUUGCUUUCUGAUAGCAUUGUGAUUGGUGUGAAGUUGAGAAGAACCCAACUUCUCGAUCAAUUCGAUAGGGCUUUGUCAUUACAGAGACCGAUACCGCUCAAAACAUUUCCUAAAAAUUUAGAAGCAGCAUGGAAUAAUGAAUUUCAAAGGGCCGGAUCGGGUGAUGUCAAAAUCACGGUUCAAGGGCAAACUAUCUAUGCAAGUAGUGCAAUCCUUGCUAAGCGUUCCGACUACUUUCAAAGAAUGUUUGAGGGAUCAUGGGCAGAAUGCAAUCGGUCCUGUAAUAAUCAACAACAAAUUACAGACGUUAGUUCCAUCAGUGAUGGUGAUGAUUGUUUGUUGACAACGUUCACGGUGUCUCCCAAGUAUCACAUUGAAAUCAAGGAUUUUGAUUAUCAGACAACAGUUCAAAUGCUUCUAUUUCUAUACACCGAUCAGGCAGAACUUGAUGAAUGUUCGAAUAUAUGGGAGUUGUAUACAAUUGCCAACAAGUAUUUGAUCUCUGAUUUAGAGGCCAAAACUAAAGGAAAGAUAAUUGAAAACAUGAGCAUCGCAACAGCUGCCGAAGGUUUGUUCGGGAAUGCGUGGAAAUGGUCGGAGCUGAAAAAGAAAUUUUUAAAAUUUGUAGUAAAGAACUUUGCUUCUAUUCGAAACAGUCAAGGAUAUAAAAAUAUUGUGGCCAAUCAGUCAAAGUAUCCAAUGUACCUGGAGAUAAAUUCGGAGAUCUUGUUGGCGAUGGUUCCUGAAAUUCCACAAGAAAUCCCGCAAUAG